AUGGCGAUGAUCCUCCUGGGAAUGUGGGGUGUUGGAUGGGGUGGGCAAGGUGCGGUUUUAUGCUCAAAUUGGAAUAGAUUUGAUGUGAAGGGUUAUGUGACGGGGUUUGGGAGUCCCGAUUGGGCCCGAACAAGGGGUGAAGAGAGUGGGUCUCUGGGGAAAAAGAAGGGAGGGUGGUCAGAGUGGGCCCCGUUACGGCGAGGACAUUAUAGUGAGGGUGGUGGAGAUGGCAAUGGUGGUGUCGGUGGUGGUGGCGGCGACGGUGAUAGUGAUGGUGGUGGCAACGGUGAUGGCAACGACAAAAGUGGGGAUAUAAUGGUGGUACCUAUAGUGGAGUGUGGUGGUUGGGGUGUAAAGGUAACAAUGGUGGUAGGGGUAGCGGCAUGA